AUGGAAGAGCCAACCUAUGAUCCGAGCCGCCCAAUGCCGGAAAUCAACAUUGUCUACCAGUAUAAACUGGUGAACUGCCCCGGCAAAAGCAUCGUUUGCGUCCGUGUUGAAUUUCCACCUAAUGCCUCGACCCCGCCUCACAGACAUGGCGGCGCAUCAGCCUCUGCAUACGUUUUUAGCGGCACGCUGCUAAAUAAGAUGAACAACGACCCGAUGCAGGUUUUCAAGACUGGUGGGACUUGGUUUGAGGCUCCAGGCUGCCACCACCGCAUUAGCGAUAAUGCGAGCAAGACCGAGCCGGCCACCUUGUUCGCUACUCUUGUUUUGGAUACGGAUGUUUUGGAACGAGAUGGAAUGGAUGCUAUCAUUCAGAUUGAUGAAGAAUAUCGAUGA